UUAUGCUUUUAAAUAAUGUUCCGUUAGAUGGGAGAUAACAUAUAUAUUGUUUUUUUACUGUAUGACCCAAACUAGUCUGUUGGUUUAAAAAAACAUUAUCGUACUUAAAGCUGUAAAGUUAUAUUUUUCUUACUUACCUGCCGGGGUAACAAUAUCAAGUUAACUUAAGGAGGACUUUAUCCAUCAUGUUACAGUUAAAGUUAGCGUUCAUGUUUUGGUUGCAAACUACUCGUCGCAGGUUCGUAUAACCCUAUCAGCAUUUCUUUCAAUCACAUGAGGAGACAGCUGCUUGUUGACCAUUACAUAAAGUCAGCGUCUUUUUCUUCCUGGUCGACUUCCAGAUGCAGUGACAACAUAGAUGUACCAACAAGACUAGUGUCUGAGUAAAGGGAAAGACCAUUCAAGCCAUUACAGUGACUCACUGCUCCCAUCUCGAAGAGCUGAAAUGGCUUGCUCACAGAUCCGCCUGAGAAUUCUCCCCAGCGUUCGUUGUCUCUUCGAUAAGCUGGUGCAGGUAAAAGUAGAGGGUCUCGCUCCUCACAAAGAAGUUACAUUGAGAUCCAAACUAGUUGAUGACCGAGGGGUGAUUUUUAAGGCCUCUGCCCUGUACAAAGCAGACGAAACUGGCCAGGUGGAUGUCUGCCGUGCGCCCUCUCUCGGAGGAAGUUACACCGGAGUGGAGCCCAUGGGUUUGUUUUGGGCCAUGGCACCAGAAACUCUGCACAGUAAAUUCCUGAAGAAGAAUGUGCUCGGCCCAAUAGGGGUGGAGAUAGAAGCCCUGAGUGGAGAGACGGGUGAGGUUUUAGCCUCUGAAACCAACAAGAGAGGAUUCAUGACAGAGGGGAUGAAGAGAGUACCUGUAAAAGAGGGAAGGAUACGAGGAGUCCUCUUCGUACCACCAGGAAAGGGUCCAUUCCCAGGAAUAGUGGAUAUGUACCUAUUAGGGGGACGUCUUACUGAGUCCAGAGCCAGCCUCCUGGCAAAUAAAGGUUUUGUUGUCUUGGCACUGGCCUAUAUGGGCUACGAGGAUUUACCAAGUAACCCUAACAAGUUGGAUCUGGAGUACUUUGAAGAGGCUGUAACAUAUCUGAGGAAUCAGCCAGAGGUCAAAGGUCCUGGGAUUGGCAUCAUAUCAAUUUCCCACAGUGGCGGUUUGGCGUUGUCCAUGUCCUCCUUCCUCUCUGGGAUCUCAGCGACCGUCUGCAUUAAUAGCUGCAAUGCAAAUACAGUGCUUCCUGUACACUACAGAGACACCGUUUUAACCCCGCUGCAACCUGUCAUUGAGAAUAUCAAAACCACAGACUCUGGGCUUCUAGAUAUACGCGAUGUCUUGUCUGACCCUUCCUUGGAAAAGAACAGGGUGUCAUUGAUUCCAAUUGAACGCGCCAGCUGCCAGUUCCUGUUUGCCGUUUCUGAAGACGAUCGCAACUGGAACAGUGCUUUUUUUGCCCGGCAGGCCGCCGCAACGCUGAGGAAUCACGGCAAAGAGAAUUUUCAGGUGGUGACGUACCCUAAAGCGGGACACAUUUUGGAUGUCCCUAACAUGCCUCAUUGUCCGUCUGGGUAUCACGCGGCAGUUGGGACUGAGGUGAUGUUUGGUGGGGAGCCAAGGGCUCACGCUGAGGCUCAGCUGGACCUGUGGGAAAGAGUCCAGGAGUUCUUCAAGAGCCACUUGGACAACAAGGGUACUUAGCAAGCUAUGCUGCAUCAAGCAUCCAAGAAUGGCCGUCAUUAGCAAUGCUUAACCUUGCCUUUAGAUUCUUAUAGAGGAGGUCUAUAGAACGGGUAUUCAAUGAUGCUGUUUGAGUGUUCUUAAGCUUUGGACUCUUCUGGAGCCGAGACGAACUCGGCAUACUUUGGUUCCAAAUGGCUUUUCCCCCCCAAUACGCUUCAAUGCGUCACACGACACAAAAAGUAUGUUUUCAGAUAUAGUUUCCUUUCCCAUCAGAUAUUUGUACUUGUCAUAACGGGGAACUUGUGGUGGAGCUCUUACCGAUAAUAAUGAUGUCUUUGUUGUUGCAGUGAGCGAGCACAGUAGCAGCACUCUGAUGCAUCUAAAUGUAGCAUCACUACAGUUUAUAAUUACAGCUGCAAAGACCCGACAGCUGCUGUGGAAACAACCCAUAUGUCUCCCUUUGUUUAUAUAUCUAGAUAUAGAUAGAUAUGUAUCUAUAGAUACACAUUGCACUUAUUGCCUCAAUCAAAUGCAGCAUUAUCUUCAUAAAUGAUAACGGUUUGAUUAUUUGGGUUUUGAUGUAAAAAAAGCUGAGUAAUAACUUAUUUUGAUAAUAAAUUCACUUUGAUUGGGAUCAUAUUGUGAUAAUGUUUUUAUGUUGUGUUACCAGUUACCACUUUGCAUUGACCAUAUUAUGAUUGUUUUACUGUAAUUCUACACACAUUUGCCACAACAUGAUAUAUAUAUAUAUAUAUGUAAUAUAUACACUACCGUUCAAAAGUUUGGGGUCAUCCAGACAAUUUCUUGUCUAACAUGAAAACUCACUUUUAUUUAUCAAAUGAAUUGAAAAUUGAAUAGAAAAUAUAGUCAAGACAUUGACAAGGUUAGAAAUAAUGAUUAAUAUUUGAAGUAUUAAUUUUGUUCUUCAAACUUCAAGCUCAAAGGAAGGCCAGUUGUAUAGCUUAUAUCACCAGCAUAACUGUUUUCAGCUGUGCUAACAUAAUUGCACAAGGGUUUUCUAAUCAGACAUUAGUCUUCUAAGGCGAUUAGCAAACACAAUGUACCAUUAGAACACUGGAGUGAUAGUUGAUGGAAAUGGGCCUCUAUACACCUAUGGAGAUAUUUCAUUAGAAACCAGACGUUUCCACCUAGAAUAGUCAUUUACCACAUUAACAAUGUAUAGUGUGUAUUUUUGAUUCAUGUUAUCUUUAUUGAAAAAACAGUGCUUUUCUUUGAAAAAUAAAGACAUUUCUAAGUGACCCCAAACAUUUGAACGGUAGUGUAUAUAUAUAUAUCAUGUGUGUAAUAUAUAUAUAUAUAUGUAAUAUAUAUAUAUAAUAUAAGACAACAAAUCGGAAUAUAAGUAGAUUGACGUCAACCAUAUAGCCAAGCUAUUGAUCCACUUACUGUUCUUUUGUUAUUGUAUUAAUAAAGAGGUGUCAAUUUCAA